AUGCUGCUGCUGCCGCUUAUGUCGGCGCGCGGUCCGCGCGCCGCGAGUGCUGCUGCGACUACCGUGAAGGACACCCGACUCGGGGUAACAACGACUAGGUCGGCGCCGACAGGCGACGAGAAUCCAGGCUUCGGUUUAGAAAGGCCUUUAGUGCGGACUGUAAGGGACGCAGCGGGCCGCGGCACUGCAAGUAGCGGGGAGAUGGUGCGGGGCCCGGAGUCAAUCGGGAGUCCACGUCGGACGGAGUGGGAGGAUUGCUCGCACGAGCCAGCAGUGGAGGUGCGGGACGUGUUCAUGGCGCCGGACCCUCCGGUCAUCGGCCAUCCGUUUGAGCUGCAGCUGCCCGCAGUCGCCAGGCAGAUGAUAUCAGGGGGGGAGGUGGCAGUGACAAUAAAGUUUCACGGGCUGCCCGUACAUGUUGAGUACACGGACAUUUGCCAGCAGACAGCGUGUCCAGUGCUCCCUGGGAGCUUCACCUUCCAAUACUGGCGGAACGUCCCCAGCCUUGCAUUCCCUCGCAGCGGUCGUCGCGGCGUCUCCUCCUCUUCCAACGCCAUGGCGUCGUCUUCCCUAUGCGCCCCUUCUCUCGGUCCGCAUGUCUGGCACGCAGAGCCCACAAAACAGCAGCAGCAGCAGCAGCAGCAGCAGCCUCGUCUCCUCCCGCCAUGCCUUCACGAGGAGGUGGCGGAGAGCGACGAUCCCUGUGAUUCGAUUGUACCUGCGCACGUCACCUGUGCCACCGUUGCCAAUGCUGUCAACGCUGGCACUGCACCUUCUGCGGCCAACGCUGCCAGCGUGGACUACAGUCAGCAGUCCGUCGUUGACUACAGUCAGCACGCCACAUUCUUCGCACAAGAGAGGAGGGAGAACCCUGAAUCACGAGUCGAGUCGUGGUCGCAACCGCUAGAGUCGUUUUGUUUCCGCGGCGACGGCGGCGGCUGCGGCGGCAGCGUCCUCUACGGCGUGGACUGCGGCCCGGUGGAUCACCUCUUCCCCGCUCAUGUCUCCGCGGCUGCGGAGGGGCCUUUUCGCGGAUUCAGCGGCGCCGCCGGCGGAGAUCUUGGUCUCUGCGCGCUUCCGCCUGCAGUGAGCUGGGGCAUUGGCGCGGAGCACGUGCAGGAGGUAACCCCGCUGGCCGUUCUCGAGACGAUCCGCGCGCUUCCGGGGCUAGCGGGAGGCCCUUCCGUGCCGCACCGACCCAUGUCUCGCGGCGCGAAGGCGGCCGUGGCGCGGGUGAUGAUGCGGCGGCGGGCUGCGGAGCAGCAGCAGCAGAAGCGCUUGCAGCAGGAGGAGGAGCAUCAGGGUAGCGCGAGACCUGCAGGAAGCGACGGAGAAGUGGCGGUAAAGACGGGCGAGAUGGUCUGCCCGCGUGGACCCUUCGCAGUGUUUAAGCAUUCCCUGGAAACACCUCUAAUAGGUAGCUGGGAGGAAGCGAGAGGCGUUGCGGAGGACGCGGGGAAAAUGGAAGUGGAAGUGGUUGAGGAGGGACGACAAGGCCCAGAUGCGGGGCUUUUUGAAGGCGGCGCCGCCGUUGGGCGCGAACUCGCGGCAAUGUCGGCAAUGGCGGCAGUGGCGGUCGCGAAGUCCGCGGGCGAGUCGCCGCAGAGCGCGGGGACGAAGCGCGCGCGCGAGCUGGGAAUAGCGGAGGCGGUUCCGCCGGUGUCCAAGGCGGCGAGGGGCCUGUGGGAGGUGGUAGCGUGCAGAGAGCGCGCUCUGGCUGACGCCGCAGACGCAAUCGACCCUGCAGACGUUGUGAACAACGUUAUUGAUCCCAUUGACGCGAUUGGGUCGAUUGGCGUGAUUGGCUCAAUGGACCUGGUGCAGGUAGCAGCGGGGGCAGGGGCGGUGGAGGCACAAGCAGAGGCGGCAGCUAGUGGUGUGCUUGGAGCAGGGGGUAUGGAAGAAGAAUUGAGGGGAGAGUUGGAGUGGUUUGCGGGGGCGGAGAUUGGCGGAUGCAUGGGGAGCCUGUUUGGAGGGAAGGCUGAUGGAUUGGUGGGAAUCUGCGUAGGGCAGUGUCUGUGCUGCGGCGGCGUGAAGACCACGACCACUUGGACCGGAUGCCAUGCUUUCACCAUGGCUGGUGUUGCAGGGCUCCCAAACGAGCUCCAACCAAGUCAACUUCUAGGUCCUCCCACCCAAGCCGAGGACCUCCCACUGCAUUCCAGCUUCCUGCCCACUUCCCUCCCAGCUCCUGGUUACCACUGGGACACAGACCCCCCUCCCACCCUCCCCUACUCCCGCCCAUGUGCCAUUAGCCCAUACGCCCGAGGUGGAAGCCAGGCCACGCUCACUGACGCCCACCCACCCACCCAGCGCGUCAUGUGGACGGCGGUGCCAUGCAGCAGGAGCCGAGACGAGUUCUGA